AUGUCUGUUCACAUCUAUCACAUUCUGUUCAUAUCUAUCUAUCUAUCUAUCUAUCUAUCUAUCUAUCUAUCUAUCUAUCUAUCUAUCUAUCUGUCUCUACCCAGCUAUAUAUCUCUAUUCAUAACUAUGUCUAUUCUCAUCUAUCUAUCCCAUUCCGUUCAUAUCGAUAUCUAUCUAUCUAUCUAUCUAUCUAUCUAUCUAUCUAUCUAUCUAUCUAAGGCGCCAAAUAGAAAAUACAAUGCCAAUCUAUCUAUCUAUCUAUCUAUCUACCUAUCUAUCUAUCUAUCUAUCUAUCUAUCUCGUGUUUGUUCACUCCUCCUCCUCGUUAGGUUGACUCUCCUUUUUUCUCUCUCUCGUUCUUUUUACUCUCACUCUGUACACCGCGCCUCUCCAACAGAGUCGUCGCGUGGCUUUUCUUUAUUUAAUUACCUAUUAAAUUUCUAUCUAUCUAUCUAUCUAUCUAUCUAUCUAUCUAUCUAUCUAUCUAUCUAUUUAAUUACAUUUUUAUCUAUCUAUCUAUCUAUCUAUCUAUCUAUCUAUCUAUCUAUCUAUCUAUCUAAUUACAUCUCAUUAUCUAUCUAUCUAUCUAUCUAUCUAUCUAUCUAUCUAUCUAUCUAUCUAAUUAUCUAUUUCUAUCUAUCUAAUUACAUUCCUUAUCUAUCUAUCUAUCUAUCUAUCUAUCUAUCUAUCUAUCUAUCUAUCUAA